AUGUCGCUCGCGCGCGCAUUCACAACUCGCCGCCAGCGGUCGAGCAACGAGCUCAACACCGACGCCAAUGUUCCCCGGCGCAGCAACACCACGGCCAAGGGCCCGAUUCUCCGCCAUAAGAUUUCGGCGCCAGUCCAGCUCAUCCACACGACCAACAUGUUGUCGUACAACGCCCCCGACCUGCCUCGGCCCUCCCGGAGUAAUUCCAUCAAGACCAAGUCGGAUGAGGAGUCGGAUACCGCCACGGUCGACACGACUCCCCCAACCAGCCCGGACGUCGCCCCGGGCGAGCGGUGCUCGUCGCCGGUCCCGAACCACCUGACAUCGUACUUCAGGGCCCCGGCCAAGGCGAUGGAGCGCAGCGGCACCGUGUCGCCUCCCCCCGCCAUCCCGAAGCGCUCUCCGUCCCACACAAAGAAGAAUUCUUACGACGCCAUUGCCCGGUCGCGUUCCAUCUCGCGCAUGUCCCGGGAUUCUGAGCACUCGACGUCGACGAGGGCCGGCCAGCCCUUCUCGCGUCCUCCGUCGACGUCGACCCGGGCAUCUUCGGCCUCUCACACGUCCUCGCCUGUCUCGGCACAGAAGCAGCAGACAAGUGCCCCGCCGCCACCGCCUCCUGCCGCGCCGACCACCUCAUUCCAGCAACUCAUGGCCAAGGACCAGCACCCAUUCGGCCAGGAGCUCGCGCAGGUGACGGAACUGGCAGAGGAGUACAGCGGCGGAAGCUCCCUGGACACCAUCGACGAGGAGCAGCAGUAUCUCGUUUCACGGGGUCUCAUCAAGCUGAGCGCCGACGACUACCUCGGCGCCAUCCAGAGCCUGACGACGUCGUUUUUCCCCGAGCUGAGGAACGCCGUGCCUCCCGCCCCCUUAUGGAUUUGA